AUGGAACCAAAAGUGGGCAUGGAAUUUGUUGAACGUACUAUGAAAAAUAACCAAGACAUUGUUGGCGUUAUUUUUAUUAUGAUUAUUGAUCAAAGUAAAAUAUCAACUUCGAAUACUUCAUUUGCUAUGAUUGAUGAACACAGUGCUAUUCCAUCAGAACAAGAAAUACUAUUUACAAUGCACACUGUUUUUCGCGUCGUUGAAAUUAAACAGACGGCUAAGAAUAAUCGUCUUUGGGAAGUACACUUGGCUAUUACUGAUGAUAAUGAUCCACAACUUGCUGGUCUUACUGAUUGCAUCAAAGAGGAGGUUCGAGGUUCUACUGGAUGGCGUCGAAUGGGCCAAUUGAUGCUCAAAGUGGGCCAUUUCAAUCAAGCUGAAGAACUCUACAAUGAAUUACUCGAGAAUGCCUCUACUGAUAGUGAUAGAGCACAUAUCUAUCACAUGCUUGGAUACUUGAAAGAUGAUCAACGCAAAUACCCAGAAGCAGCUAAAUUCUACGAAAAAUCACUCGAGAUCAAGCGGAAAAUUCUUCCAGAAGAUGAUGCUUCAUUGGCUUCUACUUAUGGUAACAUCGGUCGAGUGUAUAACAACAUGGGCGAAUACUCGAAAGCAUUUGAAUUUUACGAAAAAGACCUCGAAAUAACGAAAAUAUCUCUGCCUCCGAAUCAUCCCGAUUUGGCUACUUCCUACAACAACAUCGGUAGUGUGUAUAGAAACAUGGGUGAAUACUCGAAUGCACUUGAGUUUUACGAAAAAGCAAAUAAAAUCAAUCAGCAAUCACUUCCUGCUAAUCAUCCUCACAUAGCGUCUGACUACAACAACAUCGGUUUAGUGUAUAAAAACAUGGGCGAAUACUCGAAAGCACUUUCCUAUCUAGAAAAGGCCCUUAGUAUUAAACAACAGUCACUUCCUUCAACACAUCCCAGCAUUAAGAAAGUAAUGAAUAGGAUAGCAGCAGUGAAAAAGAAGUUGUAA